GCGCCCACUCCCCCUCUUCCUCGCGCCCCGCCGCUCGCCGCCCGCAGCCGGGCGCCGGCGCGCUCGGCUCUUUCCGCCGCCGCCGCUGCCGCGCGCUGCCCCGUGCGCUCCGGCACCUUCGGCAAUUUCCGUCGGGCCCUGGCCGCCAUUUUCUCUCCGCUUGUGUGUCUCGCCGGCUGCGUGGCUCGGUUCUUGUGAGCGAAGCUUUGUCCGGUUCGGCAAUGGACGGAAUUGUCACUGAAGUUGCAGUUGGCGUGAAGAGAGGAUCUGACGAACUACUCUCAGGCAGUGUUCUCAGUAGUCCAAACUCUAACAUGAGCAGCAUGGUGGUUACAGCCAAUGGUAAUGAUAGUAAAAAAUUUAAAGGAGAAGAUAAAAUGGAUGGUGCUCCUUCUCGUGUACUUCAUAUUCGAAAAUUACCGGGUGAAGUGACAGAAACUGAAGUUAUUGCUUUAGGCUUACCUUUUGGUAAGGUGACCAACAUCCUUAUGCUGAAAGGAAAAAAUCAGGCAUUUUUGGAACUAGCAACAGAGGAAGCAGCUAUUACUAUGGUUAAUUACUAUUCUGCUGUGACACCUCACCUUCGUAACCAACCAAUUUAUAUUCAGUACUCCAAUCACAAAGAACUAAAAACAGAUAAUACAUUGAACCAACGUGCUCAAGCGGUUCUUCAAGCUGUGACAGCUGUCCAGACAGCAAAUACUCCUCUUAGUGGCACCACAGUUAGUGAGAGUGCAGUGACUCCAGCCCAGAGUCCAGUGCUGAGAAUAAUUAUUGACAAUAUGUAUUACCCUGUAACACUUGAUGUUCUUCACCAAAUAUUUUCUAAGUUUGGUGCUGUAUUGAAGAUAAUCACAUUUACAAAAAAUAACCAGUUUCAAGCUCUUCUCCAGUAUGGCGAUCCAGUAAAUGCUCAGCAAGCAAAACUAGCCCUAGAUGGUCAGAAUAUUUAUAAUGCUUGCUGUACCCUAAGGAUUGAUUUUUCCAAACUUGUGAAUUUGAAUGUAAAAUACAACAAUGAUAAAAGUAGGGAUUAUACUCGACCUGAUCUUCCAUCUGGGGAUGGACAACCUGCAUUGGACCCAGCUAUUGCUGCAGCAUUUGCCAAGGAGACAUCUCUCUUAGGGCUUCCUGUUGCAGCUGUUCCAGGAGCUCUGAGUCCUUUGGCUAUUCCAAACGCUGCUGCAGCAGCUGCUGCAGCUGCUGCUGGCCGAGUGGGUAUGCCUGGAGUCUCAGCUGGUGGCAAUACAGUCCUGUUGGUUAGCAAUUUAAAUGAAGAGAUGGUUACGCCCCAAAGUCUGUUUACCCUCUUCGGUGUUUAUGGAGAUGUGCAGCGUGUGAAGAUUUUGUACAAUAAGAAAGACAGUGCUCUAAUACAGAUGGCUGAUGGAAACCAAUCACAACUGGCCAUGAAUCAUCUUAAUGGACAGAAGAUGUAUGGAAAAAUUAUUCGUGUUACUCUGUCUAAGCAUCAGACUGUACAACUACCUCGAGAGGGACUUGAUGAUCAAGGGCUAACAAAAGAUUUUGGUAAUUCCCCACUGCAUCGUUUUAAGAAACCUGGAUCCAAAAAUUUUCAGAACAUUUUUCCUCCUUCUGCAACCCUUCACCUAUCCAAUAUCCCUCCUUCAGUAGCAGAAGAGGAUCUACGAACACUGUUUGCUAACACUGGGGGCACUGUGAAAGCAUUUAAGUUUUUUCAAAGAGAUCACAAAAUGGCUCUUCUUCAGAUGGCAACAGUGGAAGAAGCUAUUCAGGCCUUGAUUGAUCUUCAUAAUUAUAACCUUGGUGAAAAUCAUCAUCUGAGAGUGUCUUUCUCCAAGUCAACAAUUUAAAAAAGGGGAGAUGAAGAUUGGCGGUGAAUCACAUUGUUUGGUGUCAACACCUAUUGACUGUUCAGAAAAGUGGGGACCAGAGUUUGAUUUUUUUUGUUGUUUUCUUUCUUUUUUUUUCUUCUUUUUUCCCAUGCUGUUAUCAUUCCUUGGUUAUAAAAUGACAUGGCAUAUGUAAAGGCAGAGUUAUUAACUGCUCUCUUUCAUCUGUUCUGUAGAGAAGCCAUUUUUAUUGUCUGUUUAAAAUUUUAAUUUUACUUUCCUUUUUCAACUUAGUUGACAUACGUGCCUUAAAAAGGAAAACUAGUGUUGCUAUUGUGCAUUUACUAGAAGAAAGGAAUUGGUUGUCUAGGGCACAUUGUUAAAUGGGAAUUAACAAUAUGUUUAGGCAGGGGUGUGUAAAAAGGUUAAGUUUUUGUUUCUCCUGCUUGGAACUUAUUUUGAAUUAUUGGCUUGUCACAUUUCUUUAUAUUUAAUCAAAUAAGAUACAUGAUACUGAAAGAAUAAAGCAGCAUUUUUUUAGUUUUUACUACCUUAGGCUUUAUUGCUUUGAAAAAACAUUGGCCUUUUGUAUCUCACAAUUCUGGUCUAGAUUCAGUUAUGAAUGUAGGCAUUAGUUAAAAUUAACAAGAUGCAGAGUAUUAAUUUCUUAAGACAACAAAGUGAUUUCUGUAAGUUUGAGCCCUAUGUGGAAAGCAUUGUGGAAUCUUAACCUUUUUGAACACACUCUUGUGGGACGUAUCAUAUAAAUGUCAGCACUAAGUAACGUCUUGUUUGUGGCUGAAUAUUUUUCGUAGAUGUUUUUGAAGUUGACAUGAUUUAUGUGCAUUUAAAUAUAUAUUGCCAUCCUUAGUUUGUAAUUAAGAUUUGGAAUACGGUUGUGGAUUUCUGAGCAUGUGCAGACUGGUCUAGCUAGUUCAGGAACUGGUGCAUGUAUUUUUCAAAGAUAAAAGAAAGUGUACUGCGAAAAUUUGCAGGAAGAUUAAUUUUGUGGCAGUUUUCUAAAACUGACAACCAGGUGGGACCAAAGUUUAUGUGCCUUUAGUCUUAAUUUACCUUGCAUUGUAAUAUUCAGUUUUAAUAAAUCUUCAAAAUAUUUUGUAUUUAGGAAUAGAUCUGACUUUGACUUUAAUAAAAACAUGGCUCAGAAUCUACAGGUCAAAUUAAUUUGAACAGUUCUUGUCAAUCUGAAUUGUUGAUUCUGUUUAAAUGACCAAUACUUUUUCAAAUUGAUGUACUUAGUUUCAAGGUUCAUAGAUUCUGUUAUCUAUGUAGACAGAAUGGUCAUGUAUAUUUUCUAUUAGUUGAGUUUUUACAUCUUUAGAAAUGUAAAAUUCAGUAUAGUUUGAAAGCGGCACAAUUAAAAAUUAAUUUUCUAACAAAGUUGGGAGGUUUGAUGGUUGUUUAAUUUCCUUUUGUGUGUACUCUGCUUACCUCUGUAGCAUGCUCAAUAAACACUUCUGUAGCUCUGUA